ACUGCGCCUGCCCGCUCGCGCGCCCUCACCCGCCCGCGGCGGCGCGUGACGCCAUCGGCGCGCGCCGCGCGGCGCCCUUCCCGCCCGCCCUGCGUGCAUCGCGCGCGACGGGGCAGGGGAGCGGCGGCUGAGGCGGGCGCCGAGGAUCCUGCGCCCUGGCUUCGCUCGUAGUAUGGCAACACGUACGGCGCGGUCGGCAGCGACAAGGCCUCGGUCCGCCCGGCGCCGUAACGUACCCACGGCGUGCGCACCGGGACGCGGAGCUGGCCGCCCCUGCGCUCCUCCGGCCCCCUCGCUGUAGUUAGCUUGGGCGAGCGGCCGUAACCUUGCAAAGAGGUGGCGAGCGUUGAACCUCUCCUCGCACGAGGAAACCUUUUCCCCCUUUUGCGCGUGAGGAUCGGAAGCGAACGGCCAUUAAGGGACUUGCCGUGCUGGUGCGGGGAGUCUGGGGGAGAGCUGAAUUUGCUUCCCUUGCUACAGAAUUGCAGCUCAGGUCUCUGCAAACCAACUCUUUAAAGCAGAGAGGCUGCUCUUUGGAGUAUAUUGCACUCGAUUAGGGAUCGGUUCUCAGAAUCAAGGAGUUAGAAGUGAUAUUUGAGAUAAGUGAGGCCCAUUCGGUGCUUCUUUGGACGCCUCCGAAGGGGAAAUGGAGUUAUCAGGAAUGAAAAAGAAGAGUUUGCUAGGACUCAAAGAAAAUAAUAAAAAAUCCAGCACUAGGGCUCCAUCACCAACCAAGCGCAAGGAUAGGUCUGAAGACAAAUCAAAGGACCGGCCCAAGGAUAAAGCAGCCACCAAGGAAUCGAGCGAGAAGGAUCGUGGUCGGGACAAGACACGCAAAAGGCGCAGUGCUUCCAGUGGGAGCAGCAGUACCAGAUCACGUUCCAGCUCAACUUCCAGUUCAGGGUCCAGUUCCAGCACUGGUUCUAGCAGUGGUUCUAGUUCUUCUUCUGCCUCAAGCCGAUCUGGGAGCUCUAGCACCUCACGCAGUUCCAGUUCCAGCAGCUCCUCUGGAUCCCCAAGUCCGUCUCGACGGAGACAUGACAACAGGAGACGCUCCCGCUCCAAAUCUAAGCCACCCAAGAGAGAUGAGAAGGAACGAAAGAGGCGGAGCCCCUCACCCAGACCUACAAAAGUGCAUGUUGGAAGGCUCACCAGAAAUGUAACCAAGGAUCACAUCAUGGAAAUUUUUUCCACUUACGGAAAGAUUAAAAUGAUUGACAUGCCAGUCGACAGGCUAAAUCCACAUCUCUCUAAAGGUUAUGCUUAUGUGGAGUUUGAGAACCCCGAUGAUGCUGAGAAAGCCCUGAAACACAUGGAUGGGGGUCAAAUUGAUGGUCAGGAGAUCACGGCCACAGCUGUUCUGGCACCACGACCUCGACCACCUCCCAGGCGUUUUAGCCCACCCAGGAGGAUGCUGCCACCACCACCGAUGUGGCGUAGGUCACCCCCUCGCAUGAGGAGAAGGUCCCGGUCUCCCAGGCGCAGAUCCCCUGUUCGCCGGCGAUCGAGAUCCAGAUCUCCUGGACGAAGGCGCCAUCGCAGCCGCUCCAGCUCAAACUCUUCACGAUAAAGCAAAAAGACUGGACAGCUUUUUAUUUUUUAACUUAAAUCCCAUCAAACUAAAUAUUGUACCUUUUUUUUAUAAUGGGUCUGGGUGAGGAGGAGUGAGAGGUAGAUUCCUGGCAGUGAAGGCAACCUAAGAGAAGAGAAUGCAGUUCCUAGCUGAUAGAUAGCCUUUGCUGUGGGGCUUCUAGUUUCCUGGCAUUUAGUUGAAAUUAUUUAAAAACGGCUUUGAUUUAAAGGCUGCAAAUACAAUAUCUCUUCCAGAUAAAUGGAGGGAAAGAUGCUCUAGCCUCUCUUUCACCAGCAGCAGGCUGCUGCUUGAUGAUUUCUAAAUGCUUAGCACGCUGUACAGACUAGCAUGUGAAUCUUGAACUAUUCUGGAAGCCCUGUAUAGUAAGGCAGGGAAACAUUUAACUCGGUCUCUAGGUGCCAGCACAGGAUCUUCAGAACAGCUGGAGUCCAGACUACAAAACCUGUCUUAGACUAAAAUAGUGAAUUGUCAUUUUAUUCCAAUUCACAGACAAUUAGUUUCUGCAUAAUGUUGCCAAAUAAACUUAUGUAAUGAAUACACUAACUGAACAACGAGCAGAAACAACGACUUCUGUGCAGCCCGCUGUUAUACAUGUUAGAAAUGAAGCUGGAAAUCUAAGAACGGGUUUGUAGCUGCCUGCUUAAGUGACUCCAUUUGCCUCUCCUGAAGGGGUUUGGUUAAGAAGAGGAUCUCCUACCCCUCCAGCCCCCCGCCCUCUGAAAUGGUGCAAGUGCUUCUGCUUUUACAAAUCUGCUCAAAUUAGCAACUGAGUAUCAACCCCCAGAAAUUGUGAGGCAGAGAGGGAGGCUUGGGGCCCUGAUGCUGUCUGGUUAACUGGGUUUGCAUUGGAAAAGGCAAAGAACUUACUGCCUCUUGUACAGUCGAUACUAUAAAGUUUGUUUGAAUUUUUUUUUCUUUUUUUUUUUGUAUAACUUUGUAGCCUUUUGGGCCAUGUUGUGUUUGUACUUGUGUAGGAUGAGCGAGUAUUGAAUAAAGCAGUAGGGUUGAGAAUAA